AUGAAGUUCGGCAAGUAUUUGGAAGCCAGACAACUGGAAUUGGCAGAGUACAACAGUCAUUUUAUUGAUUACAAGGCCUUGAAGAAGCUCAUCAAACAAUUGGCCAUUCCCACUUUAAAGACUAGCUCAGAUUUAGAUUUGCAUUUGACAUUAGAUGACAUUGACGAGAGUAUUAUACAUCAAAGACUGCAAGAAAAUAAAGCUGCUUUUUUUUUUAAACUAGAAAGAGAACUAGAAAAGGUCAAUGGAUAUUAUUUAGCAAGAGAGUCUGAUCUACGGAUAAAAUUUAAUAUUUUACAUUCAAAAUAUAAAGAUUAUAAAUUAAGCGGUAAGCUAAACUCAAACCAAGCUACCUCAUUCAAAAAUUUGUAUGCGGCUUUCAGAAAGUUUCAAAAGGACCUUAGGAAUUUGGAGCAAUAUGUUGAGUUAAAUAAAACUGGAUUUUCAAAAGCGCUAAAGAAAUGGGAUAAACGAUCUCAAUCUCAUGACAAGGAUUUUUAUCUAGCUACCGUUGUCUCUAUUCAACCAAUUUUCACUAGAGAUGGGCCGCUAAAACUAAAUGAUGAAACUUUGCAUAUCCUUAUCGAGUUAAAUGAUAUUGAUAACAACAAUAGAGGAGUAGAUCUGCAACCCAGUACGUUUGCUAAUGACAACGACGAUAAUAAGAGCACCACGAGUAUUGAAAAUAAAAACUAUAAUGAUAACAAUAAUGAUAACAUACACCGGGAUUAUAAGUUGAUAACAUCAAAGAAUUCUGAAAACCAACUUGAACAUCUUUUCCAAGAAACUUCCUCUUCCCUCGAUAUGGAGAUGGAAAUCGAAAACUGGUACAAGGAAAUUUUGAAUAUAGCGACCGUCAAAGAUAUUCAAAGAAAACAUGCAUUAUUAAGGAAUUUUAGAGAGACCAAGAUUUUCGCAUAUCUACUAAAAAAUUCGUCGGCAACUUCUCAUAAGAAUGUGUUUUCUUUGUUGAAAAAUUGUCUAACGAUGUUAUUCUUACUGUUGGUGGCUAGUUCUUUAGACGAUAACUCUCUGCACGUUUUUUAUACAUGCAAUCAAGAUCAUAUUGAUCUGUCAUAUUGUGAUGAAGAUGACCAAGUGUUCUCACGAAAAAACGUAUUUCAUGAAGCUACAAGUUGCCCAAAUAAGUCUCGCUUAUUUAUCCUCGAUGAAGCCUUAACAACUUCGAGACUAUCUAAAGAAACAGUUCAGAAGUUACUGAACGCUCGCGAUAUACAUGCAAGAGUUCCGCUUCAUUAUGCUGCAGAGCUAGGAAAACUAGAAUUUGUUCAUUCAUUGCUGAUUACCAAUCUCUUAGAGGACAUUGAUCCUAUUGAUGGUGAUUCUAAAACACCCUUGGUGUUGGCUAUCACGAACAACCAUAUAGAUGUUGUUAGGGACUUACUAACUAUUGGUGGUGCAAACGCAUCACCAGUAGAAAAGCCAGUUUUGGAUUAUAGUAAAAAUGUGAUUAGCUCUACUAAAGUUCAAUUUGACCCUUUGAAUGUCGCUUGUAAAUUCAACAACCAUGAUGCUGCCAAGUUACUUCUCGAAAUUCGAAGUAAGCAAAAUGCAGAUCAUGCCAAGAAUCAAAGUUCCCGACAUUUAUGCCAACCGCUUUUCAAAAAGAACUCAACAGGCUUAUGCACUCUUCAUAUAGUGGCCAAGAUCGGCGGUGAUCCACAAUUGAUUCGACUAUUGAUAAAUUACGGAGCAGAUCCUAAUGAAAUCGACGGAUUUAAUAAAUGGACACCAAUUUUUUACGCUAUCCGAUCUGGUCACUCUAAAGUUAUUAGUGAGCUACUGAAACAUAAAGCACGCCUGGAUAUUGAAGACGACAAUGGACAUUCCCCACUAUUUUACGCCUUAUGGGAAAGUCAUGUCGGUGUUUUGAAUGAACUUUUACAACCUCCAAUAAAUGCUUCAUCUGCAUCUACAACUGAAAUACAUAUGCGAUCUAAUACGCUAUGUCUUAAUACAAUAGAAUUAACUCCAAAUCAUGACAAAUUUGAUUUAGAUAUCCAAGAUAGUAUUCCUGAUUUUGCUUUACCCCCACCAAUUAUUCCAUUAAGAAAGUACGGUCAUAACUUUUUGGAAAAAAAAAUUUACAUUAAACUGAAAUUAAAACCUGGCCUUGAGUCCAUAAAACUAACUCAAGAUAAUGGUAUUAUUAUGUCAUCAUCACCAGGCAGAAUCACGCUAUCCUCUAAUCUACCCGAAAUAAUUCCACGUAAUGUUAUUUUACCAGUAAGGCCUGGUGAAAUCAAUAGUUUUUGUAAAGAUUUCAGUGAAACGAACGAUGAAGAAGAUGAUGAUGAGGUUAGUGAAGAUCAUGAUGAUGGCGAAAUAGUUUUUCAAGUCGAUUCCAUCGAUGAUUUUUCAAUGGAUUUUGAGAUAUUUCCUUCAUUUGGUACAAGGAUAAUUGCCAAAACAACAGCAAUGCCAUUUCUUUUCAAGAAAGCAGCAACAAACAGUACUGCAACGAUGAAUUUGCCUUUAUUUGAUACCAGAUUGAACAAUAUUGGAUCUCUCACUUUGGAUUAUCAGAUUAUUUUUCCGUAUCCAGGAAGCCCACUAAAAAUCAUAAAAUAUGAGCCAUACUGGAAAUCCACUGGAAGCGAUUUAUUGACAUCUAGUAAAGAUAGCAACUUUGUCACUUCUUCUUCUUUAAGUGGCAGCUUUAUUAGUGUAUUAGUUUGCGCUCUGAAUGAUGGAACCAUAGUGGCAGCCCCGAAACCUUAUAUUGAAUUCAAAAACACAAAAAUUCUGUUAAAUGAUCUGACGAAAGAACAAUUAGAAAAAGUAGUGGAUUAUGAUUUCGCUAAAAUUGAUGGGAGCUUUGACAGAGUAUCGUUGAAGGAAUAUUUAUCUUCCAAAGUAGUCCCUCUAAGAAGCUUGUUGGAAGUAAUUCCAGCGUCAGUACAGCUGGUGAUUAGUGUCUGUUUCCCAACAGAUAAAGAAAUCAAUACUAUUCCCAUUAAAAUAUCACCCUUCUUAAAUAUUAAUCAGUUCAUUGAUCAGCUAUUACUGAUUAUUUUUGAACAUGAAAGAUUUUUGCGUCAUAGCGGAAGUGAGAGUAUGCGACAGAUAGUGUUCAGUUCAUGCAAUUGGGAAGCAUGUUCAAUUCUCAACUGGAAACAACCUAAUUUCCCGGUUUUGUUACAAAUGAAAAAUUUGUCGAGAGGCUCAAUUACUGGCAAGUUUAUAAGUGAUACUCCUAACUGUUUAAAACAAUUGGCUGUCACUCCGCAAAAGAUGACAUAUUUGAAUACUGAGCCUAUUGACAUACAUACAAUGGUUCAAUUUGCCAUCAAUAAUAACUUAUUGGGUGUGACCCUUCCAUACGAAGUACUAAAGAUCUGCCCGUCUUUGGCUAGAAUUAUCAAACAAAACGGAUUAUUGUUAGUUGCCUCAGUUGACGAGAAAGAACAAUUGCCAACUGAUGGAGGUUAUAGUGGGAUAUACUACGCUUGUGAGUUACUAUUUGAGAAUAAUAUUGAUAUGUAG